AUGGAAACUCCACACGUUUUAGCCAUACCUUAUCCUUCACAAGGCCAUGUAAUCCCGCUGCUAGAGCUCGCGCAGUGCCUGGUACGCCAUGGUUUCAAAGUCACGUUUGUGAACACUGAGUUCAAUCACAAAAGGGUGAUGAAUGCAUUAUCAGACAACGACAUUCUAACGAAUAUUGUAAAUCUGGUUUCGAUCCCGGAUGGGUUGGAACCUUGGGAGGAUAGAAAUGACUUGAGAAAGCUCACGGAAUCCACCUCGGAGGUCAUGCCAGGGAAGCUAGAAGAGCUUAUUGAAAAGAUUAAUGGAUCAGACAACAAGAAGAAGAUCACUUGUGUUAUAGCAGAUGGGAGCCUGGGAUGGGCCUUGGAAGUUGCAGUGAAGAUGGGAAUCAGGCGAGCAGCCUUCUGGCCUGCUGCAGCUGCCCAAUGGGCUUUGCAAUUAAGCAUUCCAGAACUGAUUGCUGAUGGGAUUAUAGAAAGUUAUGCAGGAAUGCCGGUAAUUAAUCGGAUGAUUCAGCUCUCACCAUCCAUGCCUUCAAUGAACACAGAAAGCUUCCCAUGGAUAUGCUUUCAUGAUGAGAACACAAAUAAAUCCAUUUUUGAUUGUUUGACUAGAAACAACAAGGCUGUGAAAUUUGCAGACCGUCUAGUCUGCAAUUCAAGUUAUGAGCUAGAGUCGGCAGCAUUUGCCUUAUUUCCGAAUUUCCUACCAAUAGGUUCACUUUCGGCAAGUAACCGGCUUGGAAAGUCCAGUGGCCACUUCUGGCCAGAGGACUCAACUUGCUUGGAUUGGCUUGAUCAACAACCAGGACAAUCAGUCAUCUAUGUUGCAUUUGGGAGCAUCACAGUUUUCGAUCAAAUCCAAUUCCAAGAGUUGGCUAUGGGGCUUGAAUUAACUAACCGACCAUUUUUAUGGGUGGUUAGGCCAGAUAUAACUAAAGAGGCCUCUGAUGCUUACCUUACAGAGAUUAAAGAAAGAGUAGCAACUCGCGGCCGAAUGGUAUGUUGGGCGCCUCAGGACAAGGUCCUCGGUCAUCCAUCUGUGGCUUGUUUCUUAAGCCAUUGUGGCUGGAACUCCACCAUUGAAGGCAUAAGCAAUGGAAUUCCUUUCCUGUGCUGGCCUUAUUUUGCUGACCAGUUUUUCAACCAGAGCUACAUUUGUGACGUUUGGAAGGUUGGAUUGGGUUUUAACAAAGACGAAGGAGGGAUCAUCAGACAUGAAGAAAUCAAGGAUAAAGUGGAACAACUGCUAGCCGAUGAGGCAUUGAAAUCAAGGGCUUUGCAUCUAAAGGAAGUGAUUGCAAAAACUGUCGAAGAAGGGGGCACCUCUAGCAACAAUCUCAAUAAUUUCAUCAAGUGGAUGAAGGAAUAGACAAACAGUAUGCAUAUUGCUUCCGUUUUCUUUUUCCUGUACAUUUCAUAGCACAAAAAUAAGAAAAGGAGGCUGAUAUUGAAUAAGGAGAAGUAUCUGCAAGGCUAUCAUGAGAUUAUAAAAACGUGUAUCUUGUGCCUUCCAAUAUACAACACCCAAAGUACAACGAUAACGUGUAUCCUCAAUCAUUGCAGAUUGAUUUUGAGAAGGUGCUUAUACAUGGUAUCAAAGAUAGGUUUUUGAGCUUUUGACAAA